AUGCCUCCUGUCACAAGUGAGAAUGACCUUACUUUGGCGGACCUUCACCGCAUGCUCUACACCAUCCUAAAUUCAACCGAUAACAAUGAACGUCGUACUGUAGAGGCGUCUGUGGUGCAGUCUCUAAAUAAACCUGGUACACUUAUGCAUUUGGUGAAUGUUUUGCAGGACAUGCAAGGUGCAACUGCGGGUGUUCGCCAACUUGCUGCUGUGCUUCUUCGUAAAAAAGUGUUUUCACUAUGGCAGGCGCUUCCAAUGGAGUCACGCGCGGAGCUUAAAUGUAUACUUCUCACCCAGCUUGGUGUCGAGCCGGUGCGUGUGGUGAGGUUUGCGGUGGCCCAUCUUGUUUCCCGCAUUGCGCGGGCGGAUGCUCUGCAGAGCGGCGGUGUGUGGCCGGAGCUGCAGCAGGCGAUCCGCACCGCCGCGGAGGAUCCCCGCGUGGAGAUGCGGGAACUGGCGAUGGUGCUGGCGUACAGCAUUGCGGAGGUGGUGGGCGAGUGCGGCAGUCUUAGCGGACUCGUCGCGGACGCGGUGGUGCGGGGGAUGUCGGACUCGGACGUGACGGUCUUGCGGGCGGCGCUGCGGGCCGUUGCGGUGUUGUUGCCGUUUGUUGUGGAGCGGCGGGAGGUGCGGGAGUUGUUGCUGUUGCGUGUGGUGCCGCAGUGCCGAUCGUUACUCACACAGUACGCCGCCGUGAGUGGAAUGGCGAGUUUGUGUGUUGGCGUGCUGGAUUUACUGGAGCAACUCAUCGGGGAGCUGAGCGUGCGGCGGCAUGAGGCACUUCUCCGCGAUGUGGCUCUGGAUGUGUUGUCAGUAUUGGCGAACCCAACGAAUCAGCCGCGUGUACGACAGAACAGUAGUGAAUUACUCGUGACGCUUGUGAAUGAGAAGCCAAAGUUUGUUACUAAAGUAUUGCUGGAACCCAUUAUCACUGCAUGCAUGCGUGUCAUGGGCGAGGACGGCACCAUUUCUCUUCCAGAGAUGGCACAUGUCGAGGAGGAAGAUGAGGGCGAAGAUGAUAAUCAUAACCAUAUGAAUUCGAAUGGUAAUUACGACGAUGAUGAUGAUGAUGAUGAUACAGAGAUGUUGCAUGUAAAUCCACCUUGUAUGUACGCUGGACGUUUGCUUAGUACAUUGGCUACAAAAGUGUCUGCAAAGUCUUUUACGGGUGUACUUAUUCCCCUUAUUUCACAAGUGGUAGAAACUCCACAAGCUGGACCUCUUGAACGCAAAGCCGCUAUUCUUUCACUUGCUUGUUUAGCAGAAGGAAAUCCAGGUUAUCUUCGUCAUAGAGUACAAUACGUGUUAAAGUUAACACAAGAUUAUUUACAGGAUAGUAAUCCAGUACCUCGUGAAGCUGCUGCCUUUUCUCUUACAUACUUCUGUGCUCAUCUUCAACCAGAGAUUUUAGAGUACCAUCAACAACUCUUUCCCAUGCUUGUUCCGCUGCUUCAUGAUGAUGAGGAUGGAGUUCGUCGUCGCGUUGCAGGGGCAUUAGAUACCUUAUGUGAAAAUGUAGCCGAAGAUGUGGAACCCUACGUGGAAAUGGUACUGCCAGCCGUUUUAGACGCCCUUGGAAGAAGUUCUCUUCAAACACAGAAGGAAUUAUGUGGAGUAAUAUCAUCAUUGGCAAUGACUCGCUGUCCAUCAUUUCAGGUUCAUGCAUCACAUUGCCUUGAGUUACUUAAGGGACCUCUUAUGCUUCGUACCCCAGAUACAAUUUUGUUGCGUGCAAAGGUUACAGAAGCGGCGGGAAUCAUUGCAAAUGCUAUUGGAAAAGAGGCAUUUUUGCCACACUUGUCAUUCUUCAUGGAACGAGUUGUAGAGAACCUUCAAACACGUCAAGCAGAACUACGAGAAGAGAGUUUUGGAUUCUUAUCAAAUCUUUGUGAAACACUACGUGAAGAUUUUAUGCCUUACCUUGAUGACUCAGUUAACUGUGCAUUGCAGACUAUCCAUGAAGAUCGAACACUCUACGAAAACAAACACCUACUGGCUGAAGGGGGUAUGAAAAGUUUUAACAUGAAAGUAGAUAAUAAUAUUGCUGGUAAUGAUGAUGAAAAUAAUAAUAAUGAUGAUGAGGAAGAGGAGGAAGAAGAAGAACAAGAAAUUCAUGCACGUGUACGAACAGCAGAUGUUGAAGAGAAGAGUAGUGCUGUUUACUUUAUUGGUGUAUGUGCUGAGGUACUUCUUGCUAAUUUUGGAGUUAACCGUAUUGAUCUUUGUUGGUCAGCGAUGGAGCAACUUGAUACACAUUUUCAUAAUAAUAUUCGCUGUAAUACACUCACCACACUUGCAAAGUUGACAAAAGCGGCACAUGGUUCAGAUACAGUCGUAAAGUCUAUUACUGAAGAUACUCUUACACCAUACGCACGUGGGAUGUUAGACACUCUUCUUAAUAGCACAUUACUCCCCUGUAUUUAUCAGGAAACUGAUAAGGAAGUUGUUGCAUCCGCAUGUGAUGCAUUGGAAUUACUAUUUAACUUCUUUGGUCCUCAAACAAUUCUAGAAGACAUUGAGGCAUUUGUCCAUACUGUGGCAACACUUCUUCGUCAAGGUACUCCUUGCCAAAAAUUUCUCGAGGAUGAUGAUGAUGAUGAGGAUGACGAUGAUGAUAAUGAUGCUGCGGGGAACCCCAACGCGGAUGUACAGCUUGGCGAGGACCAUGACGGUGUGCUGAUGGACGCGGUGUGUGAAAUGCUGGAGGCCUUUGCGAAGGCGUACGGCCCGUCCUUCCGGCCCUCCGCGGAGGUCCUCCUGCCGCUGCUGCUGCCGUACACCGGCGAUGAGCGGCCGGCGGAGGACGUCGUGAUGGCGGCCGGCUGCGUGGCGGUCGUGUUGGCGGCGCUCGGGGCGGCCGGCGGGGCGUUCGUGGCGCCCGCCAUUCAACUCGCCGUUCGGCUCCUCGCGGCCGACGACUCCGCCGUGCGGUCCAACGCGGCGUUUCUGCUGCGCACCGCCGCGGAGAACGACGCGUGGGACCCCACCGGUGCCGCUGCGCUCCUGCAGGCCCUCGCCCCGCUGCUGCAGAACGAACAGCACGAGAGCGCCGCCGCCGUCGAUAACGCCACCUCCGCCGUCUGCUCCAUCCUGCGGCGACUCCCACAAGGCGACGCACUGCUGCACACCGCCGUCCCAGUGCUGCUCACACACGUCCCCAUGCGGGUGGAUAAGUCAGAGAAUGAGAACGCUAUACGUACACUCGUACAUCUCUUGACAGGGGAGGGGCAGUUCAUCGCCGUCCAGUGUGGGAGCGAGAUGCUGCGCUGCAUCGCCGCCGUUCUCGCCUCUCGUACAGUGGAGGAGGAGCAGAAAAAACUUCUCGUACACCAAGGUGUGGUACCAUUUAUCCAGCACUGCAGAGAUCAGUGGAAUGAGGCAUGCACACAACUCCCUCUUGAGUUGCAAAAUACACUAAGACAAUAUGGAUGCCUCUGA